AUGACAGUUUCAACUUAUCCAUGGUGGAAGGACUCUGUGGUCUACCAAAUCUGGCCAGCAUCAUAUAAAGAUUCAAACGGUGAUGGUGUGGGUGACAUUCCAGGUAUUAUUUCAACUCUUGACCAUAUAAAAGAUUUGGGAGCCAAUGUUGUUUGGUUAUCACCUCAUUAUGCCUCUCCUCAAGAUGAUAUGGGUUAUGACAUUUCAGAUUAUGAAGCUAUUUAUGAAAAAUAUGGUACUAUGGAAGAUAUGGACCGUAUGAUUGAUGAAGUUCAUAAACGUGGUAUGAAGUUGAUCUUUGAUCUUGUCAUUAACCACACUUCCUCAGAGCACGCUUGGUUUAAAGAAUCAAGAUCUUCUUUGGAUAACCCAAAAAGGGAUUGGUACAUUUGGAAGAAACCAAGAUAUGAUUCAAAUGGCAACAGAAUCCCACCAACUAAUUGGAAAUCUUAUUUCUCUGGUUCUGCAUGGGAAUAUGAUGACACUACAGGUGAAUAUUAUCUACGUUUGUUUGCCAAAUCACAACCUGAUUUAAAUUGGGAAAAUGAGGAAAUGAGAAACGCAUUAUAUAAGACAUCAAUGCAAUUCUGGUUCAACAAGGGUAUUGAUGGUUUUAGAAUCGAUACUGCAGGUAAAUAUUCCAAAGAUCAAAACUUUGAAGAUGCUCCAAUUGUUUUCCCAGAUCAAGAAUGGCAACCAUGUCAUAAGGAGGUGAAUAAUGGUCCUAGAAUCCAUGAAUUCCAUAAAGAGAUGUUUUCAAAAGUCACCUCUUUAUAUGAUGCUAUGACUGUUGGUGAAGUUGGUAACUGUACUAGAGAAGAAGCUGUUAGAUAUGUCAGUUCUAAAGAAAAAGAGAUGAAUAUGCUUUUCCUAUUCGACGUUGUUGACGUUGGAUCAAAUAGAGCUGAUAAGUUUCGCUAUGAGGGUUAUACUCUAAAGGAUUUCAAAGAUGCUGUUGCUGCUCAAUGUGAAUUCAUAAAAGAUACAGAUGCUUGGUCGACUGUCUUUAUUGAAAAUCAUGACCAACCACGCUCAGUUUCAAGAUUCGGUAAUACUUCCAACAAACUACUCACUUUCAAAUCUGCCAAUCUGUUGACAUUACUACAAACCACAUUGACCGGUACUUUAUUCAUUUAUCAAGGUCAAGAAAUUGCCAUGACUAAUGUUCCAAGAUCAUGGGAUAUAAGUGAAUACAAAGACAUUAAUACAAUCAAUUAUUGGAAUCAAUUCCAGAAAGACCAUCCAAAUGAUAAAGAAGCUGCAGAAAAGUUGCUCGAUGUCAUUGCUCUACAAGCAAGAGACCAUGCUAGAUCCCCAGUUCAAUGGGAUGAUUCUCCAAAUGGUGGGUUUACAACUGGUGAGCCAUGGACAAGGGUGAAUGAUAACUAUAAGGACAUUAAUGUGAAAUCACAAGUCAAUGAUCCAAGCUCGGUAUAUUCGUUUUGGAAAAAAUCUUUGAAAUUAAGACAGCUACAUAAAGAUAUUUUCGUAUUUGGUGAUUUUGAAAUAGUUGAUUAUGCUAAUGACAAAAUCUUCAGCUACUUGAAAACCUCGGGUGAUAAGAAGGCCUAUAUUGUUUUAAAUUUUUCCAAUGAAACUGUUGAGUUUGAGCCUCAAGUUGAAGGUGAACUGACCUUGGUUUCCUCAAAUGUUGAUGAUGUUAAAGACAAGGUGUUGAGUGCUUAUGAGGGUAGAAUUUAUCUUGUUCAAUAG